GGAUUAAACGAUGCUGCGAUGUCACUGCACCGGAAAUGCAUCAUGUGAUGGACAGCGGUCUUUUUGUUUUUUGGCGGUCCCAAUUAAACUUCAGAACCCCAAUUGAGCAGGAAAAAGAAAAAGAAGGUACAAGCACAUUACGUCGUACCGUGUUCUUUUCUACUUUUUCUUUUAAAAGAAUAUAACCAUCAUGGCUCAAGUGGCUCCUGCACCUGCUCUUGACUUUAACAUCAAUGCGGAACAAGUCGCCGACAUUGUUAAACGCGUCAUUGCCGAAGAACUGGCUGUCAAUAAUGACAUUGCCGCCUUGAAACAGGAGGAUCAAACCUAUGAAAAUAUCGUCGCUCCUUUGGCCCGUAUUGAAAACACCUUGUCAGGCGCCAUUCAGUUGGCCAGCUCCCUGAGCCAGAUUUCGCCCGACGAGGCUGUUCGUGAGGCGUCGGUGGCAGCAGAGAAGGAGUAUGAGGAAUUCAGCAUUGAGCAAAGCAUGCGUCAUGAUUUGUACCUUGUCAUUCAAAACUUCAUUGCCAAGGCCGACUUGAACUCGUUGCCUGCCGAAGACGCGCGUAUGCUUCGCAAGAUGGAACAAACCUUCCGUCGCAAUGGUUUGCAUCUUCCCGAAGACAAACGCAACGAAUUCAAGGAACUUCGUAAACGCCUCAGUGAAGUGUGCAUCGAGUACAUGAAAAACUGGAGCCGUGAGAACAGCACUAUCAAGUUCACCAAGGAAGAAUUGGAGGGACUCGAUGAUGAUUUCUUGGGCGGUUUAACCACCGUCGAAGAAGACGGUGUCAAGAAAUACGUCUUGACCAUGAAGUAUCCUGAUGUCCGCCCUGUGUUGAAGCUCUGCAAGAAUGAGAACACGCGGAAGGCCCAUAUGACUGCUUUCGAAUCCCGUAACCGUGAGAACAUUGCCCUUUUGGAAGAGGCUCUUAAACUUCGUCGUCAAUGUGCCAAGAUUUUGGGAUACAAGUCUCACGCUGACUAUGUCCUUGAAGUCAAGAUGGCAAAGACCGUUCAAGCCGUUCGUGAGUUCUUGGAUGAUUUGGCCACCAAAUUGCAUGAUGCUGGUUUGAAGGAAAUUGAAGAAUUGAAAAAAAUCAAAAAGGAGGAAAAAGCUGCUCGUAACGAAGAGUAUGACGACAAGUUGAACUCUUGGGACACAAGCUAUUACCAGCGUAUUCUUCUCGAGAACCGUUAUUCGGUAGACCAAGAAGAGAUCAAAAAGUACUUUAGCUUGGAAAAGACCAUCCAAAAAAUGUUGGACAUCUACGAAAAGGUUCUUGGUCUCAAAUUUGUCAAGGUGCCCGCAGACAAGGCCGUGGUUUGGCACCCGGAUGUGCAAUUGUUUGAAUGUUGGGAUAAUGUCGAGGACAAGAGCUUCUCUGGUUACAUGUACCUUGAUCUGUUCCCUCGUGACAGCAAAUAUCCCCAUGCUGCUUGUUUCCCGCUUCAACCUUCUUACAUUGCUGAGAAUGGAGAACGUGUUGCCCCUAUUGCUGCGAUGGUGGCCAAUUUCACUAAACCCACGACUGAUAAGCCUUCCUUGCUCAAGCAUGAUGAAGUUGUCACCUUGUUCCACGAAUUGGGCCAUGUGAUGCACCAUCUUUGCAGCCGUACUAAGUAUGCUCGUUUCCACGGUACGAGCGUUGAAGGUGAUUUUGUUGAAGCUCCUUCUCAGAUGUUGGAAAACUGGUGUUAUGAUCCCAAGUCACUGAAGUACCUGACUUCGCACUUUGAAACCGGUGAACCUAUUUCGGAUGAUAUCAUUGAUCGCAUUGUCAAGGCCAAGAAUGUGGAUGCCGCCAUGAUGAAUCUGCGUCAACUGUUCUUCGGUAUCUACGAUAUGACCAUUCACACAUCCGAAGAUGAAAAUCUCGAUACCACCAAGCUUUAUAACGAUCUCCGUAAGAAGAUUUCUCUGGUUGAAGCACCCGAGGGAAGCUGUGGUCAAGCUGCAUUCGGCCAUUUGAUGGGCGGAUACGAUGCUGGUUAUUACGGUUAUAUGUGGUCCAAGGUGUUCUCCAGUGACAUGUUCUUCAGCAAGUUUGAAAAGGACACCUUAUCUAGCGAAACAGGCUAUUCGUACCGCAAGUGUAUUUUAGAAAAAGGCAGUAGCAAGGACGGUAUGGAUCUGUUGAAGGACUUCCUUGGUCGUGAACCGUCAUCGGAUGCAUUUAUGAGAGAAGACAUUGGUGUCCACUAAUGGAUCGGAAAAUUUAAAUGUCAUCGCUGAAUAAAUAAAAAGAACGAGAGCCUAUUGUUUUCAUGGGCUUAAAAUGACAUUUGC